GUCGCAAUAAGAAGCUAUACUUUUACACACACACACACACAUUACACAAUGAUAUAUAAAUGGUACAUAAGACACGUACGCACCACAGUCGCGGUUUACCACGGUUUAAAAACAACACACAUAUAGUCAACAUGAAGUUCGCAAUCUAUGCCGUGAUGCUGUUGGUUGCAAUUUGCGCUUUGUUUGCCAAUACACAAGCAUUGCCGGGACGCAGAUCAUCCCUACCAUGCGGUCCUGGCUACGGACCAUUUAAUCCUCGAAAAUCUUGGCCGAUACCGCUGCCAAAACAUGGAUAAUAAUCUGCCCGAUAAACUGAGAAUUAUUUUUAAAAAAUGAUAUGUAAUUUUAUAUUAUAUAUGUAACAGAGAGAUAAAUUUAAUUAA